AUGGCUGAUGGAGUUUUAGGUUUGGGUCCUAUACUCGUUAUUCUUUUAAAGCUCCAUGAGAGAAGAAAGAUUAGAAAAAGUUUGCAAGAAAUAGGAGAUUGCAGGCCUUAUGGGUUCUUGCUGGGCUUGCCAUUUGCUUUGGUUGCUCUGCUUUUGUCUCUUAUUGGUGCUGUCGCCUGGAUCAUUGGGACUAUACUGAGUUGCUUGUGCCCAUGUUGUGUAUGUUGUGCUGGUCUGGCCAAUUUGGCAAUAGAUAUUAUAAAGCUUCCCUUCAAAAUACUUAAAUGGUUCGCUGAUAUUCCUUGUUAA